AUGUACAACAUCUCCUUCGCGUCGGCACCCGAGGCGGCGCCUGCAGGCUUCAUGGGCAGCUUCGGCGAUGGCGCUUGGGCGCUGCUGAAGCAGGCGCCCGCGCUGUCCUCGGUGCUGCUGGCUCAGGCCCGCCAUCCCAACCUCACAAAUUUGGACGACCCUGGCUGCGACGUGGACGUGGCCCUCAUCGCUGCCACGUACAAGGCCAACCUGAACAACUGGACGACGGGAGCCGGCAUGACCAGCCCAGAGAGCACGCGGCAGUGCGCCACCAACUUCUCUGACCGGCUCAGCGAGGAAGCGUGCCGCAUCAGGGCCGAGCAGUUGGGGCUCAAUGUAACCGACCCUCUGUAUGCCUUCGCCGGCAAUUACAGCGAGACGGGGUGCUUCGCGUACGCCAGCGGGCCGUGGCAGGGCAGUGCGUUUUACGGCUUCUCCAGCGCUGGUGGCGAGGUCCAGAGCGAGGCCGAGUUGUCAAGCAUCAACGAAUCCAGCAAGUACCGCCUCGACACCUGCCUGGAAGUCGACGUUGCGCCUUCCAGCUCUCAGUGCGUCACCAGCUUCUCGGACCGGUUCGGCGAGCAAGCGUGCCGCAUCAAGGCCGAGCAGCUGGGGCUGGAGCGCGGCGGCCAAGGGUUUGACUUCUCCGACCCCCCCGAUAGCGAGACGGGGUGCUUCGCGUACGCCAGCGGGCCGUGGCGGGGCCUAGCGUUCUAUGGCAACGCCAGCGCUGGUGGCGAGGUCCAGAACGAGGCCGAAUUGACCAACAUUCCACCGGGGACUAGCAUGUACCGCAUCGACACCUGCUUGGCUCAUGACGCGGCGCCCCCGGGGAUGGCGAGGAUGAACAACGUCAUUGGCGACGGCGACCUCCUGGACCCCUUGGGAUACGAGUCCCUCAAAUUCUUCAAGAACUGCAGCGCGUGGCUCGGGCAGGGCGAGAACCUCUGGAGCAUGCAGAACCUGCCCGGCAACUGGUCGCGGAGGGACUCUGGCGUCCGGCGGGCCGUUUGGCUGCCGGGCACCGUGGUCGCCGGCUCCGGGGCCAGCCAGGCGCUCUACAAGAAGGUCUUCUUUCCCCUGGAGGGCCCCCACUGGGCCAACGAGAGCGCCUUCGGCGCGGUCUCCAUCCGCGUCGGCUCCAGGACCAUCAGCGGCGACGACGACUCGACUGUCAGCCUGCUGGACAUCCUGCGGGGGGUGACCUCGCUAACGGACCGGGACACGCUGCUGUUCGCGCUCACGGCCGAGGGGGACCUGCUCGCAUCCUCCGUGAAGGGCCAGGAGGUCGAGCUGAUCGACCCGGCAAACAACAACAUCCUCGGCCUGAUACCGGGCGACUCGGACAGCGUGGAGGGGCCGGUCCGAGACGUGGCCAGGCAGCUCAUCGACGCCUACUGCACCAUUGACGCGACGGGGCUCCGGAGGUGCGACUGGGCAAGCGCCGCCAUCUCCAGCAAUGGCCAGAUGCACGGCUACUACGUGGCCUGCAAGGUCGUCGUCGACUCGCAGGCCAGCGGCCUCGACAUGCUGCUUGUCAACAUGCUGAGCGCAGAGGAGAUCUCGGCGCCAGCCAGGGCGCUGAACGAGCAGCUCGCCGCCACAAGCGGCCUGCUCUUCGUAGUGGCCUGCUUGCUGGCGCUGGUGCUGGGCCGCGUGCUCACCUCCCCGUUCCAGCAGGCGCGCGACAACAUGUUCCUGCUGGGCGACAUGAAGGUCGAGCAGGCCCUGCAGCUCAACGGCGGCCGGCGGUCGUGCGACUUCACGGAGGUCUCUGACCUCCGCCUCAGCUUCUACCACGCCGCCUCCUGCCUCAAGGCCUGGAGCGACCACGAGGUGGCGAACCGCCGGCACCUCGAGGUGGAGCGCACCCGCAGGAUCCAGAGGACCGUGGAGAGGGCGGUGCGGGGCGCGGGCCAGCUGGUCCACCCUAUGGUCCUGAUCAGCGCGGACGCUUUCUCGAAAUUGGAGCAGCUGACGAGCUACGAGGAGCUGCGAAACUCCGGCAAGCUGGUGUUCCUGGACGACGAGGACUCGCUCGCGGUGUUCAAGGCCACCAGUUCGAUUGUGUUCCUGUCCCAUCAGUGGCUGGCAUCGGGUUUCCCCGACAACGCCACGAAGACGCACCUGAACGCGAUGAAGAGCGCGGUCAGGUCUGUGGCAAGCCACCUCGGCGCAUCUGGGGAGGACAGGUAUGCCUGGGACAACGUGUACAUCUGGGUGGAUUACUGUUCCGUCGCACAGGACCAUCGUGGUUUGCAGAUGCUGGCGAUCAGAUCCUUGCCGAUCUACGCCUCCAGUGCGGACGCCUUCGUCAUCGUGGCGCCGCCAGCGGAGCACCAGAACAGCAAGCGAUGCGAUCUCAACACUUACAACGCGCGAGGCUGGUGUCGCGCAGAGAUGCUAGCCAAGGUUUGCAGCAGCGGGCUGCGCAACUUCUUUUUGUUUGAGGGCGGAGGCGCCUUGGAGCCGAUCACGGAGGAGCGGCUGCUCUCGCUGUCCAUGUACGUGUUCGAGGGCGACUUCUCCUGCUGCCAGCAGAAGCACGCCAAGUCGUGCUGCGACAAGGAGGCCCUGGUGGAGCCGCUGCUGGGGCUCUACGGCCUGGUCCUGCGGCAGGUGCGCGCAGGCGUGGACCUGAAGCGCGUGCAGCCAGUUCUCAAGCACAUCCUCGGAGGAGGCAACAGGGAGCGCUUCUUCCCUCCGUCGCACCGCGUCCAGGCUGACGACGCCAUCCCGGAGGAGCGGGAACUCUUCGGGCCGCUCGUGGAGUGCAUGGAGAAGUACGUCGGAGACCUCAGGACCUCCGGGAGUGCGCCUUCUUGUCCCCGUCCUUCGCGAAGAGCAGGACUUCGCCUCGGGUCUUUGGCCAGCGCUGGUACGCUGGGCAACGAGGGCCCUCGCUGA